AUGUCAUCAACCGCCACCGCAGACGGAGUCCCGGCGCCGUAUAACUCCACGGUGGCGACGCGGCUGGGGCGGCGGAGGAUUCCGAUACACACGACGUUCUAUUGGAGUCACAAGGUGGACAUACUGUUCCGGUGUUGGCCCGGUGACAGCGCCGCCAUGUACGCGGUGGCGCUGCUCCUCGUUUUCGUCAUGGCGGUGUUGGUGGAGUGGCUCUCCUUCACCAAAAUCGUGAAACUCAAGCCCGGAGCCUCGAACGACGUCGUUGGGGGGGUCCUUAAGACGGGGCUAUACGGGGUGCGUUCCGGGCUCUCCUACUUGGUUAUGCUGGCCGUCAUGUCGUUUAAUGGUGGCGUGUUUAUUGUUGCAAUUGGUGGCCACGUCAUCGGGUUCUUGAUUUUCGGGACUCGGGCUUUCCGGAAGAAGUCGGGUGGUUUGGAUUCUCCGAAGCCGUAG